CAGCUGACUUUUUUGACAGUGUUCUCUCAUCAGCCAGCUGGUAGUAACAACAACUGGACAAAUAUUGAAUAAGCGAUCAAGUGGGGGUCAAACGGAAAGUAUCAACUUUUUUUCUUUUUAUAAAGAACAACGAGAGAGUAUUCCAGCGUAACAUCAUAAAAAUGAAUCUUCCCAAGCUUGCCGUUUCUCUCCUUACCAAACGUAAUAUGUCUUCCAGUGAUCUACAGGCAUUUGCUCGAAAUAGCAAAAAAAUUUUGGGCGCAGCACUUAACUACAUGGAUGUUGUGAGAGAGAGGAAUGCGCCAUUGCCUAAGACUCCAGUGGUAUUUCUUAAACCCUCCACAUCUUUGAUUGAAGAAGGAAAGGAUAUUGUGAUACCCAAAGUCUUUACCAAAGUAGCUCAUGAAGUAGAACUUGGUGUUGUCAUAGGCAAACACUGUAAAAAUGUAUCCGCUGCUGAUGCAUUUUCCUAUGUUGGAGGUUAUUGCUUGGCCCUGGACAUGACGGCACAGUGCGAUUUGGGCGAAGCCCGUAAAAAUGGUCUGCCUUGGUCAAUGGGCAAAGGAUUUGAUACAUCCACUCCUGUUUCGCGUCUAAUACGGGCCGAAGAACUCGGCGAUCCCCAUAAUUUGCCAUUAUGGCUGAAAGUGAAUGGUAAAAUGAUUCAAGAAGGCAAUACUUCUGACCUAAUCUUCAAUGUAGCUGAUUUAAUAUCUUACUGCUCCAAAUACAUGACUUUGGAGCCAAAUGACAUUAUCUUGACCGGCACACCCAAGAAUGCUUUACCCAUUAAAGAUGGAGACGUCAUCGAAGCUGGCAUAGGCAAUUUGAUUAAUAUGAAGUUUAAGUGUAAAAAUGAAAUGUAAUGAAUGAUUUUCGUUAGCCAUACAGAAAAAUAAAUCCAGCAAAGUUA